AUGGCUGUUACCAUCCGCAGUGGCAUUCGUUCUGGACAGAACCACGGACACAUCACCACCGUCCGUGCGUUGAAGACUCCCAUGUCCUACAAGAAGGGCGUCGCUGGCAAGCGCGUCGUCUUCGUCCGCUCCCUCAUCCGUGAGGUCGCUGGCUUCGCUCCCUACGAGCGCCGCAUCAUGGAGUUGAUCAAGAACUCCAAGGAUAAGCGUGCCCGUAAGCUCGCCAAGAAGAGACUCGGAACCUUCCUCCGUGCCAAGAAGAAGGUCGAGGAGAUGACCGCUGUCAUCGCCGACUCCCGUCGUACUGCCCACUAA